UCACGGCGCGAGCAGGAGCGCGCUGGCCGCCGGGAGUCGGUUCUGCGGCCCGCGCCCCCAGCCCACCCACCCCGCCCGGGAGCCAUGGAGGGAGUGAGCGCGCUGCUGGCCAGCUACCCCACCGCCGGCCUGGCGGGCGGCCUGGGGAUCACGGCGUGCGCUGCCGCCGGCGUGCUGCUCUACCGGAUUGCGCGGAGGGGGAAGCCAACGCAUACGGUGGUCAACUGCUGGUUCUGCAACAUGGAUACACUGGUGCCCUAUGGGAAUCGCAACUGCUGGGACUGUCCCCACUGUGAGCAGUACAAUGGCUUCCAGGAGAAUGGAGACUACAACAAGCCAAUCCCCGCGCAGUACAUGGAACACCUGAACCACGUGGUGAGCAGCGUGUCCAACCCCCCUGACCCUGCACAGCCGCAGCAGUGGGUGAGCAGCCAGGUCCUGCUCUGCCGAAGGUGCAGCCACCACCAGACCACCAAGAUCAAGCAGCUGGCUGCUUUCACACCGCGGGAGGAGGGCCGGUAUGAUGAGGAGAUUGAGGUGUACCGCCACCACCUGGAGCAGAUGUACAAGCUGUGCCGCCCAUGCCAGGCAGCCGUGGAGUACUACAUCAAACACCAGAACCGCCAGCUGCGCGCCCUGCUCCUCAGCCACCAGUUCCGUCAGCGGCAGGCGGACCAGGCUCAUGGGCAGAGCUUCAGUUCCUCGGCAAUAAAGGCCCCGUUCAGGGUCAUCCUGCUCCGUGCCCUGGCUUUCCUGGCCUGUGCCUUCUUAUUGUCCACCACACUGUAUGGCCCCAGCGAACCCUUCACCCCAGGGGCUGCUCUGCCCCCAGCCCUACCUCCUGGGGGCAACAGUUCUGCUGCCUCAGACAACACCACUGCUCAAGCUGAGGGCUGGCAGCAGCUGCUGGGCCUGUUGCCUGAGCAUGCCACAGAGAAGCUACAUGAAGCCUGGGCCUUUGGGCAAAGCCACCAGACCAGCAUUGUGGCAGUGGGCCUGCUCACCUGCCUGCUGGCCAUGCUACUGGCUGGCCGGAUCAGGCUCCGACGGAUCGAUGCCUUCUCCACCUGUCUCUGGGCCCUGCUGCUGGGGCUGCACCUGGCAGAGCAGUAUCUUCAGGCUGCCUCGCCCAGCUGGCUAGAAACGCUCAAGCUCAGUACCACGUCCCUGUGUUGCCUGGUGGGCUUCACCGCAGCUGUGGCUACAAGGAAAGCGACAGGCCCGCGGAGGUUCCGGCCCCGAAGGUACUUCUCAGGAGACUCGGCCAGCCUUUUCCCCUCCAGCCCCAGCCUGGCCAUGCCCUGCCCAAGCGUUACAGCCUCGCCAGCCCCCGUGUUCAUCCCCACUCCACCCGGCUUCCUGCCUCUCACCAAGCAACAGCUGUUCCGCUCUCCCCGUCGGGCCUCACCCUCCUCGCUGCCGGGACGCCUCAAUCGGGCCCUCUCCCUGGGAACCAUACCCUCCCUGACCCGGACAGACUCAGGAUACCUGUUCAGCGGCAGCCGCCCACCGUCUCGGGUGUCUCCACCGGGGGAGGUUUCUCUUUCAGAUUACUUCUCUCUGCUGUCGGGCAGCUUCCCCUCUUCUCCCCUUCCUUCCCCAGCACCUUCUGUAGCCAGCUCCAUGGCCUCCAGCUCUGGCUCCGUGCGCCACCGCAGGCCCCUCAUCAGCCCUGCCCGGCUCAACCUGAAAGGGCAGAAACUGCUGCUCUUCUCGCCCCCUGGGGAAAUGCCCAAUACUCCCAGCAGUUCGGAAGAGCACUCACCACCCAACGGCAGCCUCUUCAUUGAGCCUCGGCAGCUCGCCCAGAGGACUCGCACGGAGCACGCCAUGGAUAUGAGAUCUAUGCUGGCAAGAGACGGUGCCCACGGCAGCCCCUCCAUCAAGAAAGAAGAUGACUCGUCCCAGUCCUCCACCUGCAUGGUGGACACCACCACCAAAGGGUGCUCAGAGGAGGCUGCUCCCUGGAAAGCUCGUGUGGGCCCCUCCCUGGUCCGGGGCCUCCUGGCUGUGAGUCUGGCUGCCAAUGCACUCUUCACGUCAGCCUACCUGUACCAGAGCCUGCGUUGACCGCCUUGAGUGCCCUUCCAGAGGGCAGUGCCCAGGUGCAUGCUGCUGCCACCACUGCCGCUCAGAUCCCUCUCUGAGGGGCUCUGUCUCCGCCUUGACACCAGGGCCCUUGACCUCAGGAUUCCUGCUGUCCAUCCAACAGACUACAGAUGUCAACUGUGUUUGGUGCUGACACUCUGUCCCCAAAAGCCAGGGAUCUUUGACCAGCUGCCCAGCCCCAGGGACACUAGUGCAUUUCAGCUGCAGCAGGGGCUGGCCAGGCUACCUCUGCCCACAGAGUCACAUCUUCCUCUGUCCUCCGAGACACCAGAGGUCUGCCUCAGAGCCCUCCCAAGAACCAAGAUGGAGAAAGCCUCUGGGAGAAGCACAUGGAGCCUGGAUCGCUUCCUCCUCACUCCUGCCCACUGCAGAGAGCCAGCCUCCCCAGAGCAGGCAUCUGGCAGCCCAUCCCGCCAAGGCAGGGCUGGCCACGUGUGAAUCCUGGGACUCAGGCUAAGUGGCGGUUCUUCCUCCCCUGACUCCUCCUUGCACACCUGCUUUGUGACUUCCGGUGACUUCCCCAGCAGGUAGCUCCUUUACCCUGAGAACACCAGAGCCACCCCUGCCCGUGUGUCAAAGCCUCUGUCUCACAUCCCAGUCCGUUCCCAGGAGCUGCACAAUUCAGAUGAGACUGGACCCUCCCCGACCCCAGGUCCCUUUCUGCUUCAGCCCUGACGCCCACUGCCCUCUCCUUCGUCCUGCCCCAUCUGAGUCCCACAUGACCUCUGCCUCCAGGGCACCUCAGUUGGCCUUCUGCCUGACUGUGUCCUGCUGAGAACAUUGCAGGCUUGCUGGAAUGCACCCUGUCCCUUGAGGAAGAAAGGAGGAACUUUGGCCUAACACUGGUUCUUUUGAUAGUGUGGGGUCACAUGUGCCUGUGGGGGUCAGUCCCCUUCCCCCAUCCCAGGCCUUGGCCCAAGGCUUGCGUGUGUACGUGCGUGCAUUGUCUGUCUGUCGGUCUGUCUGUCUUUGUGUAUGUGUGUCUCUGUGUUGUACCCCUUGGGAUUUGUUGUGUGGGAGGGGCAUGGGGCAGGGAAGGGUCUUCACUGUCAUUCAGGGAUAAAGUUUAACUUUAUUUUUUUAUACAUCUUUUGCCAGGUAAGGCUUGUGCUUUGAAACAGACGCCUCCAGUUCUCCCUGUCGGGGAGAUGGCUUCUUAAGCUUUGGGUGCUUCUCGUACUCUUUCUCUUUUUCUUUUUACUCUAGGGAAGGAGACCUGACCCUAAUGCCACACUCCUGUCCAGGGAGAUCUUGAUGCUAACCUGGGUUGUCUCACACCCCAGCAUAUGGGCAGUCAGGUGUCAGGACUCCAUGAGUCCAGCUGCCACCAAAGGUUCAAGCUUGGAGGUGGCAUCUCUUGGUCUGUGUUUGUACAGUUGGGUGCAUCAAGUUUUUAAGUUUUAUUUCCUGCCUAAUGAAACCAAAUUGUUCCCCAGCAUUCUUUGUCUCCUGUCCUGAGGAAGCACCCAGGGAGACGCUGUGGCCCCUACAGCAGCACAGCGGGCAUCCUGUGCGCUCAGGAGGGGCUUUUACUUAUGUUUCGAUUCAUACAUAAAACACGAUGUUAUUUUUCUUUACAAAAGCAAAAAAAUUUAAAACAAAACAAAAAAACAACUUUGA